CGCAGAGUCUCAGAGUCUUCACAGGACACACUUCUCUCUGACCCUUUUUCCAGUUUUUGUUUUUCCCUACUUCAGCAAACUCUCUGAUAAUGAAGUUCAACCAUGAUUCAUCAUACCAUAACCAUAAUCAAAGUAAAAAACGAAAGCAACCCCAUGUUGAUAAUUAUACAUCCCUGGAAUUGUCUACUUCCAACAUGAACCCCAGAAGAAUGCAUGCUCCUGCUUUUCUGUGUUUUAGGCAUAAUGUUUCUGUGUCUUAGGCAUAAUGUUCUGGAAGAAUGUUAUCAGAAAGAAGUGUUUGAAGUUGCAAAGAGAAGGAACACAAUAGCCGUGUUGGAUACAGGUUCUGGUAAGACCUUGAUUGCAGUGAUGAUUAUGAAAGAGGUUGGUGGAACCAUCAAGUCUUUGGGAGUGAAGAGGCUGAUUGUUUUCUUGGCUCCCACAGUUCAUCUAGUCAAUCAGCAAUUCAGUAAUAUAAAAUAUCUAACAGAUUUUCAAGUUGAGGAAUACUAUGGGGCUAAAGGAGUUGAUACAUGGACUUUGAAGACAUGGGAGCAGGAAAUUAGUAACAAUGAUGUAUUGGUUAUGACACCCCAGAUUCUUUUGGAUGCCUUAAGAAAAGCAUUUCUGCGUAUGGAAAUGAUAUGUUUGAUUGUUAUUGAUGAAUGCCAUAGAGCAACUGGCAAUCAUCCCUAUACAAAAAUAAUGAAGGAAUUUUAUCACCCAGCAAAUGAAAAGCCAAAGAUUUUUGGGAUGACAGCAUCACCAGUUGGUAAAAAAGGUGUUUCCUCUACUACGGAUUGUGAGGAUCAAAUAUCAGAACUUGAAAGCAUCUUGGAUUCUCAGAGAUAUACUGUUGAAGAUCGGAAAGAGAUGAAUAGAUAUAUAUUGUCUGCUAAAGAGAGUUGUAGAUAUCAUGACCCAGCACGAUUUUCUGCCUUGAGUUUGAAACCAAAGAUUGAAGCCUUGUGGUCCAAGUUUGAUGCAUUUUUAUCAGGAAAUAAACGUAACUACAGGAAUGUGGAGAAUAAAGUCAAGACACUGUCUCAGCGAAUGUUCAAUGAACUUGGAAAAAUUUUACAUUGUCUUGAAGAUCUUGGAAUCCUAUGUGCUUAUGAGGCAGUUAAAAUCUGUCACGAGAAUUUCUCCAACAAAACUGAAGGAAUGUGUGAAAUUUACAGAACCGGUUAUCUUCAGUGUAUAACUUUUGUUGAAGAAGUAAUAAAAUUAAUUGAAGAAUCUCUCAAUUGUGAUGAUAAAAACAUUUUUGGGGUUGAUUUUGAUUAUUCAAAGGCAGAAGAUAUGGGAUACAUAUCUCCAAAGUUACUUGAACUUAUUAAAAUUUUCCAAUCACUUGGAGAAUCUAGUCAGGUGUUGUGCCUUAUUUUUGUUGAUAGAAUCAUUACAGCUAAGGUGAUUGAAAGAUUUGCAAAGAAAGUUCCCCGUAUUUCGCAUUUCUCAGUUUCCUAUUUAACUGGAAACAAUACAUCGGUUGAUGCUGUGGCUCCUAAAAGGCAGAAGCAGAUAUUGGAAUCUUUUCGCUCUGGAAAGGUCAAUCUAUUAUUUACUACUGAUGUACUUGAGGAAGGAAUUCAUGUGCCAAACUGCUCAUGUGUGAUACGAUUUGACCUCCCAAAGACUGUUCGUAGUUAUGUCCAAUCUCGCGGAAGAUCUAGGCAGGCUAACUCCCAAUUUGUUGUGAUGUUGGAGAGGGGAAACCUGAAGCAAAGAAAUCAGCUCUUUGACAUCAUAAGGAGUGAGCGCUCCAUGACCGACGCAUCUAUCCAUAAGCACCACGAAUCUAGUGUAAAGAUAUUUACACUGGAGAAAAAAGAUGCAUACUAUGUGGAAUCUACCGGAGCUUCUGUGACUUUAGAUUCUAGUGUUAAUCUUAUCCACCGAUACUGUGGAACGCUUCCACGAGAUCAGUACUCCUCUGCAAAGCCCAGUUAUGUGUUUCUGCCCGUGGAAGGGGGUUUCCAAUGUAAAUUAACAUUACCAUCUAAUUCAGUCCUCCAGCCAAUAAUUGGUCCAUUAGGAAAAGAUAUUCGUUUGGCAAGGCAUCUUGCUUGUUUCGAAGCUUGUAAGAAGUUGCAUCAAAUGGGUGCUUUAAAUGAACAUUUGGUUCCAUUCAUUGAAGAUCUUUCAGACAAUGAUCAUAUCACAAAAAAUAAAGACUCUACUUUACGGGCAGGAACCACGAAGAGAAAGGAGUUACAUGGAACAGCCAACAUUUGUGCACUAAGUGGUGCAUGGGGAGACAAACUUGAUGUUGCAGCCAGAUUUUAUGCCUACAAACUAGAAUUCACAUGUAGUAUUGUUAACGAAAUAUACUCUGGGUUUGUUCUUUUGAUUGAGUCAAAGCUUGAUGAUGAUGUGGGAAAUAUUGAAUCAGAUCUUUAUUUAGUCUCAAAGGUUGUGAAAGCUUCUGUCUCUUCAUGUGGGCAAGUUGAUUUGGAUGCUAAACAGAUGAUGAAAGCAAAAUGCUUCCAUGAGCUUUUUUUCAAUGGUUUGUUUGGUAGACUGGUGUUUAGGUCAAAAUCAGCAGGAGAAGAAGCAGAAUUUUUACUUCAAAAGGACACAAAAUCAUUAUGGAGAGAAAAACACUUAUAUCUGCUUCUACCACUUGAGAAAUUGAGUGGUAUUUGUGAGGGAGCCUUGCAAAUUAAUUGGCACGGAAUCGAUUCUUGUGCAUCUGCUAUUGAAUUCAUGAGGAGAAGAUUUUCUUUGUUCACUGGAGAUUGUGAUGAUAAUGGAAUAAUCACAUCACCUCAGGAUACCAGUUCAAUGGAGAUGGACUAUGUUGGAACAAACAAGAUUCCCUUUGCUAAUUGUGUGCUUGAUGCUGACAAUAUAAAAAACACGUUGGUUUUGGCCAUUCAUACUGGAAAAAUAUAUUGUGUUAUUGACAUUGACAGUAACCUGUCUGCUGAAAGCCCUUUCUUUGGAAAUAAUGAAAAAUCCAAGGAACAACUUACCUACUCAGAUUAUUUCAGCAAAAGGUAUGGGAUUACACUGAGACAUCCAAGACAGCAUCUUUUACUGUUAAAGCAAAAUCAUAAUCCACACAAUCUUCUUUUUAACUUCCAUGAGGAAGAUGCGCGAGACAAAUCUUCAAAAAAUGGCUCUACAACCUCCAAAAUGCCUGCACAUGUUCACGUCCCACCUGAGCUUCUAUAUGUUCUUGAAUUUAAAAGAAACGUGUUGAGGUCAUUGUACUUGUUGCCAUCUCUAAUGUACCGCAUUGAAUCAUUAAUGUUAUCUAGUCAGCUUAGAGAAGAGAUAGAUGGUCAAACUACCAAGUCCAACAUAAAUAGCUCACUGAUUCUAGAAGCAAUUACAACUAUGAGAUGCAGUGAAAGUUUUUCAAUGGAACGUCUUGAGUUGCUAGGAGAUUCUGUUUUAAAGUAUGUGGUGAGCUGUCACCUCUUUCUUAAAUAUCCCAAGAAACAUGAAGGACAAUUAUCUGCCAGAAGAUCUCUUGCAGUUCGUAAUUCAACCCUUCAUAAAUUUGCACUAGAGCGCAAAUUACAGGGUUAUAUUCGAGACUCUGCAUUUGAACCACGACGGUGGGUUGCUCCAGGACAGCGUUCUAUACACCCUGUUUGUUGUGAUUGUGGAUUGGAAACCCUUGAAGUGCCUUUAGAUGUUAAAUACUACACUGAGGAUCCAAAAGUUGUGGUUGGGAAGUUUUGUGACAGGGGUCACCGCUGGAUGUGUUCUAAGACUAUUGCUGACUGUGUUGAAGCUCUGAUAGGAGCAUACUAUGUGGGUGGUGGACUCUUUGCAUCACUUAAUGUGAUGAAAUGGCUUGGAAUUGGAGCAGAACUUGAACUAUCCUUGGUUGACGAAGCAAUCACUGCUGCCUCUCUGCAUGCUUGCGUGCCAAAAGAAAGUGAGAUUGCAGGCCUUGAAAACAAAAUUGGGUAUGAAUUUUCUGUCAAGGGACUCUUACUGGAGGCUAUCACACAUUUGUCUGAGAAAGAACUUGGGAUUGGAUGCUGUUAUGAGAGGCUUGAAUUUCUUGGUGACUCAGUGUUGGACCUGCUUAUCACAUUGCAUUUAUAUAAGAGUCACACAGAUAUUGAUCCAGGGGUGUUGACUGACUUGCGAUCUGCCUCUGUCAAUAAUGACAACUUCGCUCAAGUUGUUGUUAGACAUAACCUUCACCAGCAUCUCCUACAUGGCUCGGGAUUAUUACUGAGCCAGAUAUCAGAUUAUGUAAAGGCCAUUUCUGAAUCGGAUCCUGGAUCAUUUCCAAGCAUUAGAGCUCCGAAGGUACUUGGAGAUCUACUGGAAAGUAUUGUUGGGGCAAUGCUAAUUGAUACCAAGCUCAGUCUAGACCGAGUUUGGGAGGUUUUCUGUCCUCUAUUAUCUCCCAUAGUUACGCCUGAAAAUCUUGAAUUGCCUCCAUUUCGUGAAUUAAAUGAACUGUGUGAUUCUCUAGGGUAUUUUGUGAAAAUAAGUGAUAACUGUGAAAAAAAGGGAUCCAUGGUUCAUGUUGAGGUUAGUGUACAGUUGCCAAAUGAUUUGUUGGUUCGUGAAGGAAAGGGGGCAAAUAAGAAAACUGCAAAAGGAGAAGCUUCUUUUCAUUUGUUGAAGGACCUUGAGAAGCGGGGAAUUUCAUAUUGUAAUUUCAUGUCCAAGGGAAAAAGAGAUAAUGCUGUCCAUACCAAUGAUUCACCUCAUCUCAAAAUGGAUUCUAGUACUUGUUUUACUCUAAUUGAAGAAAAUUCCUCAGAGCUGGUACAUAAAAGGAACAGAUUGGAUGGAACUAACCCAACUGAAAGUAUUUUGCCUCUCAAUGACUCUUCCAUUGACGACUCCAUUCCAGUUAAGUUAUCAAUUAAUAUGAAAAAGGGAGGACCACGGAACACACUAUAUGAGUUGUGUAGGAAACUACAGUGGCCAGUGCCUGCAUUUGAUUCAACAGAAUAUAAAGAUAGAUCUCUAUUUGAAUCCUGUGAAGCCCUGCAAGGAACCAAGGGACUGAACUGCUUUGUUUCAAAAAUUACCUUGUGCAUACCCAAGUAUGGAAAUAUUGAGUGCCAAGGAGAAGCUAGAAGUGAUAAGAAAGCCUCCUUUGACUCUGCUGCAGUUAAAAUGCUUCUUGAGCUGCAAAAAUUGGGAAAAGUUGAAAUUGAUCCUCCCCUUUCUAGUUAGGGAGAAGAAGGGAAAAAGAGAAGGGCUGGUGGUACUACAAUUUUUUGCCCCUGAAAAACAAGAACUGACAUUCUGUGCCAUUAAUCUGGUAAAUUGUCAGAUUGAUGACAGAGUACUGUUAGUUAACAGUAUUUUGGGGUUGCACAUUUGUGUUACAGUAUUGUGACCCAAAGAAGAGAAAGAUUGGGAAACAAAAAAGAGUGAAUUGGAACCAACGAGGUGGUCCUUUUCCUUUCCUUUCCUUUCAUUCUGUGGGGAAAGUUUGUAGUUUUUAUUUAGAAAUAAAACUGUUAGACUUGUCUUUGAUGGUAUAAUAUUGCAUGUACAUGCAUCCACCAAAAAUUAAUGCAUGUACAUGUAUGUAAUAUCAGGGUGCUGGGCAAGUGAAAGAAUAAAAUUGCACAAAUAAGCAAUGCUGAGAUGGGAUCUGUAGGUUUAUGAAGUAUGAGUGUAUUAAUAUUAACAUCAUUUAUUGUUGUUAAUAAGCUACUGUGUCUGUCUGUCAUUUUUAAAAUACAUGAAAUAAUUAUUCAGAAAUAAAGGAUUGCAAACUCAAA